CAUUUCGACACCGACGACCAAACCACCACAACAACCACACGACCAUGCGCCCCACGACGUCCCUCCUCGGCGCGUCCCGCCUCCCGCUCACGCCGAAGCGCGGCAACAAGGACUACUACAAGGGCACGCGGCAGGCGUAUGCGCCCGGCGGCGGCCACCGGACUGGCCCGCCCGGAAAGCACGUCGUGAAGGGCACGGCAAAGUACCGCGUUGUCGACAGCCAGGUGCGCGUGUUUGUCGGGCCGGGGAUCGAGAAGAUUGAGGCGUCGGCGCUCAAGCCAUACGCCACAACGACGCGCUACGACCCCGCGCCGCUCCGCCUGCCGCCGUUCGGCCCCGCGCCGCCCAAGAAGAACGGUCUCAAGACGGCCGACUACAAGGCCUUCUCGGCCAACUACGCCGCCCUGUCGCUCUCCCAGCGCCAGGCGCUCAUCAUGGAGCAGCGCCGCAAGUGGUGGAGCGCUUUUGUGCAGCGGUUCCCCGAGCAGGGGGUCGAGGAGGAGAAGACGCGCGCGGUUGAGGAGCAGGCGCAGGCCAAGGCUUAGGCUGAGAAAGCGGCGUAGAGCAUUGCAUUGGUGCACAUAUGUAACUCUUAUUUCAUGUGGU